AAAGAAAAGGUGUAAACGAUGUGUAAAUGGGUCUAUUGUCUAUAAAUCCUUUCCUAAUUUUUUUCUCUUCAGAAAUCGCCAGCACUCUCGCUGUGGGCAUACUACUCGCUUUUGUUACCUUGUAUGGUAUCAUCAUAACAUUGAUGUACCUGCAUCUCAGACGCUCUAAAAUCGCUCUAAAACCGUCAGUCAGUGACAGGGAAGGCCAAGAACUCGAUCCCUACACAUCAUUAGAUGCAACAACUAUGAAGCAACCAGCCUACGAGGACAUCAACGCAACUAGACACGAAAAUAGAGGCCACACAACUUCAAUCGAGGGCGUAGAAUAUGGUAAUCAAAGAAUAGUGGAGCAAAUAGCUAGAGUGAAGAAAUCAAACUUGGGAGUAGCAAAUGAGAAUACUGAGCCGGAGUACGAGUUGCCGAUUGAACCGAGUAUGACCCAGAACGAGCUUUAAAGCUUAUUUGUACUAGUUUAUAGGAGGGAUUAGAGCACCCUGCAAGGUCACUGCACAGGUGGUUAUCUCAUCAACUCAGCU